AUGUCUCUUCCAACUCGAUCCCUUGGCCGUAAUGGCCCUCAAGUUCCUGCAAUUGGUCUUGGGCUGAUGAGCAUUGGCAGCAUCUACGGGCCUGCUGGUUCCCUCGAGGACAAGGUAGCCUUCCUCGAGCAUGCCCAUUCGAUCGGUGCACGAUUCUGGGAUACGGCCGACUUGUAUUUUGACAGCGAAGAUGCAGUGGGAGAGUGGGUAAAGAGAUCAGGAAACCGCAAGGAUAUCUUCCUGGCCACCAAAUUUGCGAUCCAAUUCGAUAUGGCCAAGGGUGUUCAGACAGUUCGUUCUGACCCCGAGUAUGUCAAGGCUUCUUGUGAGAAAAGUUUGAAGAAGCUCGGGGUUGACACAAUUGAUCUUUACUACUGCCAUCGGGUUGAUGGCAUAACGCCUAUUGAGAAGACCAUCGAGGCUAUGGUUGAGCUGAAGAAGCAAGGCAAGAUUAAUCAUCUUGGAUUAUCUGAAUGUUCAGCUGCAACCCUGCGCCGUGCUCAUGCUGUCCACCCCAUUGCAGCGUACCAGGUGGAAUACAGUCCGUUCGCUGUGGACAUCGAAUGGUCCACCACUGAUAUUUUGACUACCUGCCAUGAGCUCGGUAUCGCUGUCAUUGCCUACAGUCCUGUCGGGCGAGGCAUUUUGACUGGACAGAUCCAAUCAUUCUCGGAUAUUCCCGAAAAUGAUUUCCGCCGCAUGCUCCCCAAGUACGCACAGGAAAACUUCGCAAAGAUCCACGAGCUAGUUCAGGGAUUGAAAAAUGUUGCGAAUAACCACGGCAGCACUCCUGCCCAAGUUGCUAUUGCAUGGCUUCUUGCUCAGGGCCCUGACAUCAUUCCUAUUCCCGGAACAAAGUCGAUCAAGAAUCUUGAUGAGAAUACCAAUUCCAUCUCGCUUAAAUUGACGGAUAUGGAGUUGCAAGAUAUCCGGACGUUGAUCGAGCGGACUGAGAUUCCUGGAGCGCGGUAUCCUGAUAUAAUGAUGGAUAGCGUGCUUGGCGAUACUCCGCCACUCUAG